AUGACCACUACGGGUUCUGACUUGAGGCUUGUCUCUUCUCCUACCAUCGGCGGCCUUCACGAUGGUACCAACACGCAGGUCUACACCAACGCCGAUAUGAAGAACCAGGCUACCGUCUGGGCCGGUGAACUCCACAAGGUUAACGGUGCAUGGCACAUCUACUACUCCCACAAGGAGAGGAUCUGGGCUAUCAAGGGAGGAGAUAAUCCUCUAGACGAGUACGCCGAUCCCGUACAGUUGUACGACCACUUUGGUAUCGACAACACCGUCCUCGCCCACAACGACAACAAUUAUCUACUCUGGGCCUGCCACUCCACUGACGUCUCGAACAAUACGAUCGCCGGCUCUUCCAUGUGCAUCUCUCACCUCACCACACCCACUUCCAUCAACAAGGACGAGAUCUCUGUCAUCAGCCGACCCACUGAGGCUUGGGAGCAGGUCGGCGGGCAUGUAAACGAGGGUGCGCAGCCUUUGUAUUGGGAUGGGGAGAUCUAUGUCACGUACUCGGCGAGCUUCUGUACCAAGCCAGACUACAGUCUGGGUCUGCUUCAUCUCAUUGGGGAUGACCCCAUGGACCCCGCUGCUUGGUCUAAAGUGACUGACGGUCCCGUCUUCUCGUCUGGUAAUGGCGAGUAUGGCCCUGGCCAUAACGGUAUCUUCACCUCGCCCGACGGUACAGAGCUAUGGAAUGUCUACCACGCCGUGACUAAUGCCAACGGGUCUUGUGGCAUGGACCGUCAAACGUUCGUCGAAAAGGUGGACGUAUCGCAGUUCACUUCGAAAGGACCUAUCUUUGGCACUCCUGCAAAAAAAGGGGUAGUAGCAGAGGGCCCUUCUGGUGAAGGCAACAACACCGGACAGUCUUCCUCUUCAGCCCUCUCAGCCACUUCUGCUGCUACACGCUCUUCCUCUGCCUCUUCCAACGCUGCUUCUUCAAGCGACGCCACUCCCACUAUUUCUCUCACCACAUCUUCCAUCGUCGCGUCUACCGCCCUUUCUUUGACGGCUUCCCUCUCGACAACCGAGUCCUCUGGCGAGUCUCCCACCGCCUCAUCCUCAGCCUCUUCCGAAGAAGAAGACGAAGCGUCUACCAGCUCUCAUUCCCGUGGCGGGCACCACACUACUCAAAGCGGAGAUGGCGGUAUCGCCCUCAUUGCCUCCGGAUCCGAAUCUGCCUCCUCCCUUGACAGCUCAUCUAGGACGACCGUGACCGUUGGUCAAGGAGAGGUCACCAGAACGACUACGCUGUUCGUGACUGCCAAGACCUCGCAGGCGCUUGCUGCUGAAGUGACUUCGACAUUGGGCACGGGCGGCUUAUCUUGCAAGGCCAAGCGAGCCCGAGUGGCUGAGGCGGCAAGUCUUCUUGUGGUAUAA